AUGAAAGACGUGGCUCAAUCAUCCGGCAAUAUUUCUAAAAAAAAAUUACAAAUUCUCACGAGUUACAAUGUUUCAUAUGUACACAUAGAUUUUGAUCGCUAUUGGUCGCCGUCUAUAAAAGAUUACGAACGUUCGUUGAGGGGAGGUAUCGACAGCAACCACGAGUACGUCAUCUCUGGUCCGGAACAAGCUAGAAAAUAUGAUUUUGCCAAAGAAUUAAGGAACGACAAAUUUAAAGAAGCUCUUGUGCUUUUCCUCAUUUCACACUGGCAAAGUCAAGAUGUAGCCCACUUUAUAGGAAUUGAUGAUGACGUCAGCGAUGAAGAUCCUAAAUUUGGAGAGUAUAUUCCAGAUAUAGAUUACGAAACAGAUUAA